CGCAUUUUCUCCCAUCGGCAUAUCUCGUCAACACUCAUCUCUUUACCUCUAUUCUCUCCCACCAUCCGUCAAAAUGUUGUCCCUUCGUGCUUUCACCCGUACUAUCCCUCGCACCGUGUCGCGGUCAAUUGCGACCACCUCGCGCGCUUCCUUCCGUCCCGUUGCUGCCGUCCCCAAGAACACCUUCCUGCAGUCUUCUUUGAAGCAGGCUACGAAGCCCGCAUAUGCUGCUUUCUCUACUUCUAGCACUUUCAAGCAGGCCGAAGGCGACUUCGAGCUUGUUGCGAAGCUUGAGGAUGAAUUGAAGCACGAGAAGGCUUCUGGUCUCCAGGACCUGGAGGCCUCUGUCCAGAAUGUCCAGUACGUUCUCCAGAACAACUCCUGGGAGGUCAAGGACGUCCCCGGUGAGCAGGAGGUUGUGUUGUCUAAGAAACUCGGCAAUGAGGAGAUCCGUCUCACCUUCACCGUCGCCGAUAUCCAGAACUUGAGCGAACAAGAGGACUUCGAUGAUGCUGCUCUUUCGGAUGAGGACUUCCAGGGCAUCAACCAGGGACGUGGUGGCAACGUUUCCCAGCAACCCGAAGACAGCGUUGCGCCCGCGGACCGUGAUGCGGAGGACCUGGAGCCGAGCUUCCCUGCUCGCGUCAACGUCACCAUCGAGAAGCCUGGAAAUGGCUCUCUGCUGAUCCAGACUGUUGCCCAGGACGGUCUGUUCCAGAUCGAGGAGGUUUCGUACUUCUCUAAGCCCGACUUGGCCCACGCUCAGACCGCCGAGAAGGACUGGGCCCGCCAAAGUCUGUAUGCUGGUCCUCCUUUCGAGAACUUGGAUGAGGAUCUGCAGAACUUCCUGGAGCGCUACAUGGAGGAGCGCGGUGUCAACGCUGAGCUGGCCAACAUGAUCCCCGAUUACAUCCAGGUUAAGGAGCAGAAGGAAUACGUCCGUUGGCUCGAGAGCGUCAAGAACUUCAUCUCUGCCUAAGUUAGGGCCGUAUACGGCCCUCGGCCGUGCAGGUUAACGGGAGCUCGUUUUUCUUGUCUAUUGGAUUAAUGGUGGUUUAGUGUGGAAAGAUGUUAUGCGUAAUUGUUUUGUGCCGUGUUAGCUCAACCAUCGCUGCAUACGCCAAAUCUUUGGGCGACCUCCUAAUCCGCGAUCACCGAUCAGUCUCCACACGUGUAUCAAUAUUAUAGAAAUGAAUGGAAUACCAAUUUGUAAUUAUUGACAGGUUCGCUCAUGACGUGUCACAGGGCUGCUGCCAG